AACGCCGGCCGGCAGACGUCCAGGAUGUGGUUCAUGACGUCGGUUGUGACGGUUCUGCUGUCGAACUUGCAGACGGCGUCCCCCAAGGUGUCCCCGAAGGUUGUGAACCAGACGGUCCUGUGGAGUAGCGGUAAGGAGGGGGAGGUGCACUUGUACAGGACCCCCCUCCUCACCUACACCCCCCAGGGCAACCUCGUCGCCUUCAACGGAGCCCGGAAGUAUGCCUCCGCCGACAUGGGGCCCAAGUUUAUCGCCGUCAGAAGGUCUACAGAUAAAGGCAUGACCUGGUCGCCGACUGCGUUUGUAGUAGAUGACGGUGAGGGGCGUGUCGGUCUGAACGUGGGCAGUGUGAUCGUGGACAACACCACCGCCACCAUCUUCGUGAUGUUUGUGUAUUGUGAGAACUGUAAGCACAGGUCCCUGUUACUCAUCAACAGUACGGAUGACGGGCAGACCUGGGGCCAGCCCAGGAACAUCACCUCACUGGUGGGGUCGGACAUGGUCACACACCCCAGCCCUGGGUACGGUAUUCAGAAAAAAGUUGGCCCGGCAAAAGGCAGACUGGUCGUCUGCGGGCACGGAAUGCCGGGAGGGGCGGGGUCGCUGUUGUUGCUAAGCGACGACCACGGCGUGACGUGGAGGGGCGGAGCCUUCGUGUCCGCUAUUCCGUUCAAAGGGACACGUGACUCCGAGUUCCAUCCGGAUGAGUGUCAGCCCGUAGAGCUCCCGGAUGGAACUAUCCACGUCAUCCUGCGUAACCACGGUCGCUACCGCUGCCACUGUAAGAUGGUCAUGCGCAGUUACGACGGCGGGGAGACGCUGUCCUACCGUACCAUGUACUUCGACGGCACCCUGAUAGAACCGCGCAUCGCGUCCGGACUGUGGUACAGCCACGGCGUCAUGUACUACACGGGACCGGACAGUAAAACUCACCGUGAAAAGAUGACGUUACGAUGGAGCUACAGUAACGGCACAUCGUGGGACGGUUCAUUGCGUGUGUGGGAGAGGGGUGCAGGGUACUCCACCAUGACCAUGAUACCCGGGGACAGUUCACAUCUGUAUGUUCUGUAUGUGAGGGGAGAGGAAAAAUUCAAACAGGAGAUAGCACUGGCGAUAGUACAACUAUAGGGGGGAGACAAAAUCUACACAGAGAUAUAGAACUGGCCAUGGUACUGUUUUACAAGUAUACCACUACACCGCAUACAAGACCUCUCAUAAUCUAGAUAUCUAGAUGUGGACUCUACUAUUCAAAGUGCAACUCGCAAAGUUUGCGAGAAAGGAGAUAUGAUUACUGGAAUUUGCCCUUUUCAUGCUUAUGUUUCCAUUCGUGAUAUCAGUGUGAUAAUAUAAGUUAUAUUUGCUCAGCAGCAUCACGCUUCAAGCAGCCCGUCUACUGGGUAGCAGCCCCUGGCAGCUUGAGAUUGUGUAACACAGUCGGUGAUAUUUCAGAAGAAUUAGCAUAUCACGGGUGAGCAAUGAUAUUUCUCUCAAUGCCUUCAUUAUUUAAUUUCGUAUCUUGAAAGCAUUCUACAUAUAGACUUUUGGACAACAGUCAGACACAGCAAGACAAAUGUAUUAAAUCGACAUAUACAUGUAUUUCAGAAAAGACCAAAGUUGGCAAUAAAGUUUGUUGUUCAUUGUUAUUACCAUUCUGAUAGUACAAAUAAAAG